AUCGGCUCAUCAGUGUUUUUGCCGCCAAAAGCACAAAGGUUCUGUUUAUGCUUUUGGAGACAACAACACGAUGUCAUCAUUUAAAAAUAACUGGCAGUGUUUGGGGAGACACAACAGAGGGGGAAAAAAAAACCCAUUUUACCCUCUUAAAGUUUUUCCCCACAUCUGCUUCCCAGAUGGACAGCGUUUACUGCUAUAUCUCGGAACAGCUCCGUUUCGUCACGUGCUGUAAACAGGAUAUGAUAACUUAUCUCUCUAUAAGCCCAUAAAGUUAUGUCUUUAAUCUUGGCAAUAAAUACUGUACAUUUGGACUCCAUUUUAUAUCAAUAUCUAAUAGUGUUUGUAGAUCAUAAUCAAUAUAAUUCCAUCUUUAUAUGAGUGGACAAAAGCUGUUGUUAUAGAUACAAUCGAGCCAUUGGAUGUUUCCUGGGUAACAUGAGAUACCGAGACAUACCCCCAGAAAGACCCGUGCAAGUUAAUAAUUGGUGAGCUUUUGGUGCAGUUCUCAUUACACACAGUGAGCAAGUCAGUGGACCUUCCGCACGCAUUGGAAAUACACGUGGGUGAGUAUUCCCACAGCGAAGAAUGAAAUAGAAAAAAAUAUACAAUCCAGUGUCCUGUAUCAGCAGAAGAUUCACUGAACCGCUAAAAUGGAUAAACCACAGAAUGCCGAGUCGCCUGAGAAGAACCGCGGCGACAAAAAGAAGCGGGUCACAUCCUGUCUGCUAAGUGCAGCUUUCUUCGGUGCCCUGGGCUCGUCUUUCCUUUAUGGCUACAACCUCUCUGUCGUCAAUGCUCCGGCACUGUACAUUAAAGCUUUUUACAAUCAGACAUGGAUGGAGAGAUAUGAUGAACCUGCCGGAGCAGAGACAGUCACACUACUUUGGUCCAUCACAGUCUCCAUAUUUGCUAUUGGGGGCCUUUGUGGAACACUCGCUGUCUCUUGGCCAAUAAAAACAUUGGGAAGAAAAGGAACCUUGUUACUGAAUAACAUCUUUGCUAUGAUAGCUGCAUUGCUGCUGACCUUUGGAGAGAGGGCCCGGUCCUUUGAGAUGCUCAUCAUAGGUCGAUUCAUCAUGGGAGUGGACUCUGGUAUAGCUCUCAGCGUACUACCAAUGUAUCUUGGAGAAAUUUCCCCAAGAUAUAUCCGAGGUUCCAUCGGUCAGUUCAACUCAAUUCUGAUCUGUCUCGGAGUGUUUGUCGGUCAGGUGCUGGGUCUACCUGAGCUGUUGGGCCAGGAAUCGAGGUGGAACUACUUAUUUUCCUUCCUGGCGUUGCCCGCAGUGCUACAGCUCUGCAUUUUGCCUUUCCUCCCAGAAAGUCCUCGUUACCUACUGAUUGAGAGGAGGGAUGAGGCUGCAGCCAAGAGAGCUUUUCAGAAAUUCCUUGGAAAAAAUGAUGUUUCUUUAGAAUUGGAAGAGGUCCACGCUGAGGCACGAGCUCAGGAAAAUCUCCACACGGUCUCUAUGUUACAGCUUGUGAAGAGUCGGGCGGUUCGCUGGCAGCUCAUUACCAUCAUAGUCACCAUGGCCAGCUAUCAGCUCUGUGGCCUCAAUGCCAUUUGGUACUACACCAAUGGGAUCCUUCAAGAAGCAGGCUUUACUCCAAAUAUUAUUCCGUACAUAACCCUCAGCACAGGAGGAAUAGAGACUUUUUCCGCAAUCAUCUCUGGUUUAGUGAUAGAACGAAUUGGGCGGAAACCUCUGCUCAUAUUUGGAUUCUGCGCCAUGGCAGUGUGCUUCAGUCUACUCACAGUGUUCUUGAAUUUUCAAGACCGUGUAUCAUGGAUGCCUUACCUCAGUUAUGGCUGCUUACUGGCAGUGAUUGCAUCCUUCUGCUCAGGACCGGGCGGCAUCCCGUUCAUCCUGACCGGUGAACUGUUUGAGCAAUCCUACAGGCCGGCCGCCUUCAUGAUUGCGGGGAUUGUGAACUGGCUGUCCAACUUUGCAGUAGGUCUCCUGGUUCCUUUAUGCAGGAGGCGCUGGGGCCAUUUGCUUUCCUGGUUUUUGUGGGCUUCUGCGUGGUGGCGGCUGUCUACCUCUUUAUCAUUCUACCUGAAACCAAACGAAAAACCUUCAUGGACAUAAGUCAGAGUUUUGCCAAGAUCAACAAAGUCCCGGUCUCCUCUACCAACCAUGAAAUGAAGCUCGUUCUGUGUACAGGGCAGGAUAAGAAUGGAAAAGUACAAAAUGACUUUAAGAUGGAGAGUUCUUUUUAAACUCAACUCUAAUUGUCUUGAAGGAGCAUUCAGAUUUAUGCUAUCAUUAUUUUAUUUUUUUAUACAGAUUUAUCUUGUGAUAAAGAAAAUGUAAUGCUAAAUUAAAUUUUAUAUGUAUUUUAUGCAAUUUUUUCAAUCUUACUUUAGAUGCACGUAAACAUACAUUGCUUAACAAGAGCAUUAAACGACCACCCAAUCUCAAGGUUUAUGCAAUCCUAAAUUAACGGCAUCUAUAAUCACCAUAGUUUCUGUUUUCCUAUUAUCCAGUUGUAUCAAAAACCUUGAGUUUGGUUGGUGUUCAGCCGCUGUGUGAUGCUGGGGCAACUACUGUGUGUAAAAGAAGCUGACAGAUGCAUCUGAAAAUAUGCUAUGAGACGAAGGGGGGAAAAAAAAAAAAACACUUGUUCUGACAUGCACAGUUAUGGCGCCUCUCAAAACCCCAAAAGGCAAUUUUGCUACCUGGUGUGAGCUGGAAGUGAUCUGGAAGCAGACAUGCGUGAGAUAGGGAAGCGGAUGUAGUUCCCCCCUGGAGGAUUGGAUAUCUUCAGUAUUUAUAAACUUUCUAGCUAGUACGAGGUUAAACCACAUAUGGCCACAGCCUUGUCUGCGUGCAAUAGAAGGAGUUUUGAGUGGGGCUUGUUUUGUUUGUUAAUCUGUCCAUUUUCCUCAUUCAACCCACUUACUAAAUCCCAGCCUGCCCUGGUUUUUUAGUUCUCCCUUUCACAUCCCUGUUGUCCUUGUUGACUUUGAUCACGAUCAUACCUUUAUUGCUGUUAUAAUUAUUUAAUGAUGUUUUCCACAGACAAUUUUGAUGGCGUCAAACAAAUAAAAUUUCAUUUCUCGCUUGCCUUCA